CACCGCCCGCCGGCACUUCCCGUAUCCCGACAUGGCGGAGUAUUCCUGCGUGAAAUCCACCAAGCUCGUCCUCAAAGGCUCGAAAGAGAAGAGCAAGAAGAAGCACAAGCAGAAGAAAAGAAAAAGGGAGGAGGAUGCAGCAGAGCAGCUUGAUAUUGUUGGAAAUUGGUGGGCUAUCAGUAAUUUCGGUGAAAUUACAGGAACUAUAGCUAUAGAAAUGGAUAAAGGAGCUUACAUCCAUGCCCUCGACAAUGGCUUGUUUACACUUGGAGCACCACAUAAAGAUGAUGAAGGCCCUAGUCCUCCUGAGCAGUUUACAGCAGUAAAGUUGUCUGAUACAAGGAUUGCUCUGAAAUCUGGUUAUGGCAAAUAUCUUGGUAUAAAUUCGGAUGGACUCGUUGUUGGACGUUCUGAUGCAAUAGGAUCAAGAGAGCAAUGGGAACCUGUCUUCCAAGAUAAGAAAAUGGCAUUACUAGCAGCAAAUAGCCGUUUUAUUAGAUGUAACGAAGAGGGAGAUAUAGAAGCCAAAAGCAAAACUGCAGGGGAAGAAGAAAUGAUAAAGAUUCGUACUUGUGCUGAAAGAGAAGCUAAGAAGAAAGAUGAAGUUCCACAAGAAGACAAAGGAAACGUUAAACAGUGUGAAAUCAAUUACGUAAAGAAAUUCCAAAGUUUUCAAGACAAAAAACUUAAAAUAAGCAAAGAAGACACAAAAGCUCUAAGAAAAGCCAGGAAAGAAGGCACUUUUCAUGAAAUGCUGCUUGACAGGAGAGCAAAAGUGAAAGCGGAUAGAUACUGCAAGUGACAUCAGCUGAUCCAUUUUCUUCUGCAUCUUUGACAGGGUCAAAUUGAAAAGAAGAGUAAAAUAUUUUAUAAUUUUUUUUUAUUUAAGGCAUUUCUUAAGUAUCUUCAGAAUUAUAUUAAAAUUUUCUCACAUACUGAUAACCUAGUUAUAAAAUCUUAUUAACUGUA